AUGGCAAGGUCACUCAUCAAAGAAUUCAUAGAAGUGUUUGUGUCCAUUUGGGUGUGUGCGCAGAGUCAGAAGCAGCACAGCUUCUCGUCUGCAGUGAGCUCUCGCGGCGUGGCCCACUACACCACCUCUCAGCUCCAGAGUGCGGUGGCGGCCGCGGCGCUGGGCGGCAGGGCAGGUAAGCAUGCGGCUGCAGGACGCCCGCUGCAGCAGGGGGCAAAGGUCAGCGCCAGCAGCAGUAACCAGGGAAACGUGACUGGCUGGAGGAAGAGUACUGGCUCCACAGGAGUGACCAUGGCCUAUGUAAAUCCUAGUUUAUCGGCCCACAAGGCCUCCUCUGCUGUGGAGCGUCAGCGCGAGUAUCUUCUGGACAUGAUCCCCUCACGGUCCAUCUCGCAAGCAGCCAACACAUGGAAAUAAUGCAACCCCCAACCCCCUCCUCCCAAAACCACACCCCUCAUGUCAAUAACAGCCAAUGUCUUCAAUUGUGCAGUAGAUUUGGCCCUGAGAUGUGCAUGGGCAAACCACUGUUCCUCAAGAUGUUCCUUAAACUCUCUUCCUCUUCUGUUCUUAAUCCCAAUAUGGCUUCAACAACUGGAGUUUAUGGGGUAUAAGGAAGUAUGUCAAAUAGUACCUGUGGGGUUGUGACGUAAAAUUGGACUGCCUCCUCUUUUGGUGUUGUGAUUGAGCAAUCCUUGUACACCUAUAGAGGAGAGUGCUUCUCCUGAUGUCCACUGCCUCUGGAUAAGGCAGGAAAAGAAAGCAAAUAACUAUUAUAUACAAUGAAUAAGAACGCCUUACGUCCAACUCCUUCAGUCUGUGGUCGAAAGACUGAAUUUACUGAAGACCUCAACACCAGGGAUUGUGGCUGAACUUUGAGCCCCAUCUACAAUAAUUCAGCUUUGCAAAGGUGAAUCCAGUGAAAAGACGUGUAAUAUCCUGGUGCACAUUGACUGCUGUGUCUCUAUGAGCCCCAGUGCACCUAGUAAAGACACUUUGGAUUAUUUUGUAUGGCUGAAUGUUAGGACUUUGUCUCUUCUUCUGUAAGUCAAAUAGUGUUUGGAAUAUUGUGCUCCCUGAUACUUUGGAAGAGGAUUCUUGUCAAGGUCUGAAUUUCCAGGCUAAAUGUUACUGUUGAGGUGGUUUUACAUCUGAGGGUUCAAAGUAGUGGCCUACUUUUAAAUACUUUGUUUUUUCUAAGAUGAAGAGAAAUAAUAAAAUUGUGGUUUCACUGACUAAUGUUAAAAAAAAAAAAAAAAAAAAAAAAAAGGAUGGCAUAGGUUUUGGAGGACUAUUCUUGGUGAAUAUUGUUAAAACCUUCCAAAGAACUAGUGGAGCCCAAAUGGAAUCCCUUCUGCUAGAAGGUUUCUGGUUUGUUUGAACCCUCUGGUGAUAUAAACAUGAAUUCAUGCUGAACUGAGAGGGUGUAUGGAAUGUCAUAUUUUUGACAUUUGUUUUGCUUUUAGUAAAUAGGUUGUGGUGCAUUUUUUUCUUUAGACAAACUGUCUGGGUUUAUUUAUAGGGUCAUGUUAGUAAAGAUUUAUGCUUCUGCCCUGAGUUUGAAAAAAAAUCUCCACUUAAAAUAUUUGUCCUACACCUGACAAUUGGUCCGAGAGGAGCUGGACAGCUUUCAGAAUGUAGUUAUGCAAAUCCCCUAUAGCAAUGAUGACCUGAACUUCUUAGUCUUUAACAUUAUGGUGUGUAUAAUUUCCUUAUUUUUUGUCAGGUCCUUGAAUUGAGCUAACUAUGCCUUUCACAUGAGCUAUAGUCCAUUUUAUCAGGUCGCAGCAGCACAGGAUAAGCUAGUGAGUACAUUGUGUCCUACUUCAAAAUGGGAAAUCUCCCAUUGCUCAUGGCAUUUUCUUGUUCAUUUAGUCACUGGGACGGCAACGCUUUAACUAAUGUAAACCAACUUAAUGUGUGUAUGAAAUUUGGAUUGUGCAAGCAAUAUACUGUUCCCAAUAAUGCAAAAUCAAUGUUGAGCUUGCCGCACCCAGUAGAUUUAGUCUAUUUCUGUCCAUUCAACAGCUCUUCAUUGAAUUAGUAGAUUCUUUUUGACUCCAUAUUAAGUUUUUAUUCCUUUUUGACAUAACAUACACAGUACCAUAAACUCAGUGUUCUUUGUGGGGUGGAAAGAUAAUCAAUGCAAGUGUAAAAGUCAUUGCAAUAUCUUUUGAAAAUGAUGCCUUCUUUUGGGUGGCCAUUGGAAAAGGUAAUAAAAGUAGACUGGAUUUAACCAAUAAAAUCUUCUGUGAAUUCCAGAAUGACUGUACAUUCCAGACAGGUGGAAGGUAAAGAAAGAUUCAAACUCAUUUAAUUUUCCUUACAGUUCUUAAUCAAUGCUUUCAUUAUGUGUCACUCUGUGCUGUCCGGAGUACUGCCUGUUGCUGCUGCUGUUUGGCAACAAUAUCACCAUUCCGUUUAUUUGGGGUCACUCCCAGAUGGAAAAAACAACAACAUUGUAUUACAAAUUUGUUUGUUUUUGGUUUUUCUGCUCUAUCAAAUAAUAAAGUAAUUUUAACCCCACAA